AUGCAAUAUCCCAGGGUAUUUCACAAUCAUUGCCAAGAUUGUGCAGUUAAAACCACGUGUUGCAUCUGUUUACAUGCUAUAUGCAGAUGCAGCGUUUGCUGAUUGGUGGAAACGUCGAGUCUGUUCACAAAGUCAUGUGACCGGUCAAAAUGGCAGCCGCCAUGAAAUCGAAAAACUCGUCGAUUCCGACCAAUUCUUCCCCAGAAAACCACACAAAGUUAAUUGAAAUAAAGGAUUAUGGAUACGAAGAUGUUGGGCAACAGACAGCAUGUUUUCAAGUUUAUAUGGAUUUAUGUGAAGUUCGUCAGUGGUAUAAUGUGGUCAUCCACCCUUGCGAGUCUCUACAGAUGGUGUUCAUAUCUGGGCAGUAUCGUCCGUCCGAUCCAUUCGAAGUCGUACUACCCCUUCCCGCACAAACAGUGCUGAGUUUGGAGAAAUUAGAGCAAUACAUUGAAAACAUACGACCUCCUGAUGACAGCUUUACAAAUAAAAGUCUCACUCUUGCCAUUGUCGAAAAAGACACCUCGACGGUCUACUAUCGAGUAUCAUCGGGUUUGGUACCGCCAGAUUCGGCAGAAGUCAACCAGGGAAAGAAACGAAAACACCGGGAUGCAUUCCAGAAUAGAAAAGCGCUGUCUUCCUGGGCUCUCGAGCAACAUGAACAAAAAUUUAGCGCAGGGUGUGAACAAGCUGAGGCGGAGAUUUCAAGUGACCCUGACCCCCAGGGUCUCGAUCCUGGCACUGGACAUAUAGAGACAGAGGGUUCGGACGUGUACCGUACUAAAAUUCCUGAAUUAAAACCGGAGACUUUAAGUGAACGAGACUCAAACUCGUGAGAAACAUGCUCAAUUCCCCUACUGAGAAUUCAGAUAUAAAAACCUCUGAUAUGAUGGCUGAACUCUUUGCACGCAAGGGCUGAUGCGUGUUCCUGAUGGUACAUUUCUAUCUUUGGAGACCAUGUUUGGUUACCCGUCAAACAAACACAAAUGAUUUUGAUGUACUGCGAGAUAGGAGAGACCCCAUUUGGCAACUUCGUGUAACUUAAUUGGACCUACCUAUAGUCUCCCUUUAAGUUGAUUAAUAUUUGAAUUGCGUGUCUGUCAAUAAAG